AUGGCAAAGAAAGCCGGAGCCCGGAAUCCACAUUACCCGGAGCGUUGGACAUUCCUGAUGCACGCAAGGGAUGUGCGUAGCGAAGAGGACGGCUUUUGGAGCGCUCCGCGCCUUCUGAAGAGCAACUAUCGCUUGCUCUAUGCAUCCAGAGUCCAUAUGCUAGUGAUCUUCUUUGGAAUUCUGUCCAAGUCGAUUGUGUUCAGCUCUAGUAAACCGCCAUCAGCGACACAAGUUAACGCGACUGCCAUCUGCGAAGUAAGAUGCUUCAAGUGGAGAAUUUCUGACACGACGGAAGACGUGAUUGAGUUCGUUGAAACACACGGCAAACCCGAGCCACCUCAUCUUUGUGCUAUGCAUCACACUGCCUGGACUCUCACAUCAGACCGCAUCCCGCCUCCCAAGCUCAAACGUCAGCCUGCCCCGUCGAAGGGCGAGCACAAACCCCAGGAACCACCCAAGAGCGAGGAAGUACGCAGGCUCGAAGAGCUAUGCGAUGCCCUCCAGAGCUCGUCCGGGCGAGAGAAAGACCCCAAGGGCGGGUGUUUCUGUCAAGCUCGCAUGCACCCUCUCUCUCAGCACGCGCCUAUCUGCCGCUCCUGCGGACUCAUCCUAUGCACGCUGAACCUCCCCCACUUUGCCUGUCCACACUGCGCCGCCCCGCUUCUCAUCCCGGCCGCGCGCGACGCACUCCUCGCAACAAUUACUGCGUCGAUUGUCGACACCCUCGCGCGGGAAGAAGCCGCGCGAGAGCGCGCCGCAGAGGAGGCACGGACUGCCGCGGGCGCCUUCCCUGUCCUCGCUCCUACUUUCAACGCACCCGGUGCCGACAGGCUCGCCGCACAUCCUGCCAACCAAUCGCAUAAGGUCCUCUCGCUGAACUCGAAGACGAAGCGCGUCACAGUGGCCUCGUAUCGUGCACCGUCGCCUGCCGCUCGUCCGCAGGGCAAAGGGAAGGGGAAGGAGAGGACUGAUGAGGAGGACGAGCGCCGCGUACCGCCACCCCCGCAAGUGGUUGUGCAUUCGGCCAUGGAUGUAGGUGUAGACAACCCGUGGACUAACCUGCGGGGAGGACGCGCGACGUACGUGCCCUCGCCAAUAAAAGGGCGCGGGGAAGGGAAGGGUCGGAGAGACAAGGGGAAACAGAAUAAGGAGCAGCCCGCCUCAUAA